AUAGUGGGCUUUGGAAUAUAGGGGAUAUAUUGGCGGGUGACGCGGCUGCCCUGGAUAAGCGAGAAGGAUGGCAGCUUGGUUCACUUUUACCAUCGCAUUCAGUUCCACUAUAUUGACACAGGUAUUUGGAUCCGGUGUUUUUGAGAUCGAUCUACAUGAAUUUAAAAACAGCAACGGAUUGCUGGAGAAUGGCAACUCGUGCAGGCUCAACUGCAGGACUUUCUUUCGUGUUUGUCUAAAGAACUACCAGGCGGUAGUGUCGCCAGGUGACUGUAUAUUUGGAAGUGCGGUGACACCGGUGCUAGGGGCCAACUCCUUUAGCGCCAAGGACGGGGGAACUUUCAGUAGACCCAUCCGACUACCGUUCAAAUUUGGAUGGCCGGGAUCGUUUUCUUUGAUAAUUGAAGCCUGGUAUUCACCUUCAGCGGAUCUACCUGUAGACACCAGCAACCCAGAGUUGUUGAUUAGUUUCUUUACCAUCCAGAGACAGUUGGGCGUAGGGGCCGCCUGGUCUCAGGAUGUUCAGAGCGGCCGACAGACGGAGUUACGGUAUUCUUACCGCUUCAUCUGCAAUGACAAUUACUACGGAGACAGUUGUUCCAAAAUAUGCACGCCAAGGGACGACCGUUUUGGCCACUACACCUGCGACCGCGGCGACGGCCAGUUAUCCUGUCUGCCCGGCUGGAAGGGAAAAUACUGUGAAGAACCCAUCUGCCUGGAGGGAUGCAGUGAAGGAAAUGGAAACUGCUCCAGACCUGGCCAGUGUGUGUGCAGAGAAGGUUGGCAGGGUCCGUUCUGCGACGAGUGUAAGAAGUACCCCGCUUGUAAGCAUGGCACCUGCCAACAGCCUUGGCAGUGUAACUGUAAGGAAGGCUGGGGAGGGCUCUUCUGUGACCAGGACCUGAACUUCUGCACGCACCACCGGCCGUGUGAUAACGGGGCGACCUGUAUGAACACGGGCCAGGGCAGCUACACCUGUACCUGUCCCCCUGGGUUCACCGGGGUCAACUGUGAGCUGGAACUGCAGGAGUGUGACAGCAACCCCUGUAGGAACGGAGGACUCUGCACGAACCUGGAUGUUGGCUACACGUGUUCGUGUCCGCAGGGCUUCGAGGGCUCCCACUGUGAACACAGCCUGCUGACCUGUGCCGACUCCCCCUGCUUCCACAGCGGACAGUGCCAUCAGAAGGACAACGGGCACAGCUACAUCUGCGAGUGUCCGCCCGGAUACACAGGACUCAACUGUGAGAAGAGAGUGGACAAGUGCACGUCUCUUCCCUGUGCCAACGGCGGUCUGUGUUUGAUCCACGGUGGCGUGCGUCUGUGUAGCUGUCGCUCUGGUUUCACCGGCCAGCGCUGUGAGAUCAACAUCAAUGAGUGUGCCGGGAACCCCUGCACCAACGGAGGGACCUGCCUGGACCGCAUCAACGACUACACCUGCGCCUGCCCCCCGGGGUACACCGGCCGAAACUGUGACCGUGUCCUGGAUGAGUGCUCCAUGCGCCCCUGUCUUAACGGAGGGCUCUGCACGGGGAAACCCCCCGCCACCUGUAUCUGUCCCGCCGGCUUCACCGGAUCACGCUGCCAGUUCUUUGCUGUGACCCUGCCGGUGGGUGGGGAGAGGAUCAAAGGAGAGAGCCAAGAUGGAUUCCAGUGGGCGGCAGUUUCCCUGGCUGUAGGGCUGGUUGCGUUACUGGUGCUGCUAUGCAUGGUGGGACUGGCUCUAAGACACAUCCACAGGCAGACCGGCAGGGACAGGGGAGACGGGGAGACCAUGAACAACCUAUCAGACGUACAGAGGGAUAACCUAAUCCCCGCCUCCCAGCUGAAGAACACCAAUCAGAAGGUGGGACUGGAGGUGGACUGCGAAUCAGAGAAGUCAAACUUUAUCCAUAAGAACUAUCAAUUGGACUCGUACAGUAACGCAAAGCUGAAGGCUGAUACGUCGCAAGAGGAUAAAAUCCAAAGUCAUGUGAUCCAUGACAAGUGUUUAGAAGAGAAAAUACCGCUGAGUAGAAUGUACAGUGAAAAGGCGGCGUGUAGGAUAUCAACGAUAUGUUCCCCUCGAGACUCUCAGAUCUACCAGUCUGUCUUUGUUAUAGGAGAGGAGCGGAGGACGUGCGUCACAGCAACAGAGGUAUAAGCUGUGAGGGGCAUGAAGAAGCGAGGGCGCUAUAGAUGAGGAGGAGGACAAACACAAUCGAGGCGGAUAUUACUUUCUGGAUUGUUUACAAAAACCUGAGAAGAGACUGGAGACUGUUUCUGAUGUCACUGCUGCUCUGGAACACUUGAGAAAUGGAGAGAGCGAGAGAGACGAUAAGAGACAGAGAGAGAGAGAGACAGAGACAGACAGACAGACAGACAGACAGACAG